GUCCUGUGUGUAAUUACAGCAGCGGCACUGUGAACGCCAUCUGUCCUGCUCUGCUUCCGCGAAAUCCGACCCCGGCUUUAAAGAGUUUUCAGAGGAGCAAGAUGGUGGCGAAGAGGAUCCGCUCGGAGUACAUGAAGAAGUUCAAAGAUCCCAAAUGGGACACGUACACUAAAUGUUACGAGGAGAUGUUGAAGUACAGGCUGACCCGCAGGCUGCUGGAACACACGCACAACCCCUGGUUCUGGAGCGGCUCCGAUACUGACUCGGACUCGGGAGGUAGAAGUCCUCCUAUUCCUCCAAGCAAGAACCAGGUACGGGACCAGGAGGAUACCGGUGGCCGCGCGGAGGCUGAGCUAGAGGAGUGUGGGGGUGCGAGGACGGACACACAGCAGGAGCAGAGCAGAACCGCGGGGCCCGUACCCAGGGUUCCUAUUCAAGAAGAGGAGGAGGAUACAGGGCCUGCUGCACAGUCUGCACUUCAUGCGUCUGAUGCUAUGAGGGAGACAAAGGUACUACAAGAGGAGCAGCGAGCCAGCAACAGAGAGAGAGACUCUGAAGGACCCCGACCACAGCAGAGUAAACCCUCAAAGUCCUUGAGGCAACCCCGGCGAUCACAGCGGGUCAGGCCUGCACCAUCUCGACUGCCCAGAGAGGACAGUAAGGAGAGCAGACAUCCUUUCGCCUUGUAUGGGUCGGGGGAGAAAGAUGCAGACACUGCAGGAAGGAAGACGCACAACGUCGGCCCAGUGGCUUCGACUAAUGAGAUCCAUGAAUCGGCUCUGCGUGCUAAGACCAGGCGGGAGGUGGAGCAUCAGAUCCAGACUCAGCGGUCUGAGCGGCGGAGAGCCAAGUCUGCUGACCUGGACAAGGCCAGAAAAGUGGUCCAACCUGAGUUCAACCCCUGGCUAACUGAGUACAUGCGUUGCUUUUCGGCUCGCUCGCGAUAGGACGCAAACAGGAAAAAAGACCUCUGUACAUCAGGAUGAUGUAGAGGGUCUAGACAACAAACACAACAAACACAAAACUGAAGCCAUCACUGCCUCUCACCUCUAAAGUUUAAACUUCAAGUGGCCAAGUAGGACUAUAUUUAUACUGGGAUUACUUUAAUGUCCCCUACUAUGAAUUUGAUAGUUACUUCAUCUAGAGUUUUCAGCAGUUCCUUUUUUAAAUGUUAAAAUUGGCAUGCUGUAAAACAAACAUACCUCAAGGUUUAAAAUGAAUCUUUUUUUUUUCUAGUAUUAUUGAAACAAAGAAAAUAGUUUCAAUAGAAGUAACAGAGAGACAAUAAGGUCUUUUUUGCAUAAACAAUGCAAAAGAGCAUAAAAAAGCAUUAUUGAAUGAUAUUAGAGCAGGGGUGUCGAACUCCAGGCCUCGAGGGCCGGUGUCCUGCAGGUUUCAGAUCUCACCCUGGG